GCGGAAUCCCUUCAACCGAGUCGGCCCCGGCCCCUUAUAACUGCCGCUCCCAGUCAGUCCCACCGGCAGUCAGAUCGGAAUCGGUUUCGGUUCGGGAUUCCGCCCCAUAGAAAGUGCCAAUUGUCGCCACAUGUCGUCCUGGACUAGACACUGGCUGAUCCUUCAGCUCCUACUGCCGGUUCUUCUCCAAGCACACCUACACACCGAAGGCAAACAACCAUCCGAAGGAGGAGAAGAGUCGGCCGGCUACUGGCACCGCCAGGCCCAGGAGCAGCUGCGGGAGCGGCUGGCUAGGACAAGAGACUACGCCUCGGACAGUCGCCGGGCCAGGAACGUGGUGAUACUACUGGGCGAUGGACUGUCGGUUACCACCAUGACAGCGGCCCGCAUCCUCAAGGGCCAGCGCCAGGGCAGACGGGGUGAAGACUCCCGCCUGGCGGUGGAAGAGUUCCCCUUCGCCGGCCUCUGCAAGACGUACUGCGUCGACGAGCAGACCCCCGACUCGGCCUGCACGGCCACCGCCUACUUGGGCGGCGUGAAGACCCUCAGCGGCACUGUCGGGCAGAGCGUUAGCGGGGAGCCGGUGGAAUCGUUGCUCCAGUGGGCCCAGAAAAUGGGCAAGGCCACCGGCGUGGUGACCACCACCCGGCUGACGGACGCCAGUCCCGCUGGAGCCUACGCCCACGUGGCCAAGCGGGCCGAGGAACUGGAAAUUGCACGCCAACUGGUGGAGGAGGAGCCCGGCCGAAAUUUUGAGGUUAUCCUUGGCGGUGGCCUGGGGAAGUUCUCAAUGGAGCGUCGGGACGACAAGGAUCUGCUGGCCAUCUGGCGGGAGCAGAACCCCGAUGGCUGCUUCGCCCGCAACAUGGCGGAGCUGAGGAACUGCAGCAACGCUGCCGGCAAGCUCUUGGGCAUCUUCGGGGACAACCACAUGCCCUACCACAUGGCCGCCUACAAGGACCAGCCCAGGUUAAAGGAGAUGGCGGUGGCGGCCAUCGAGAAGCUGGCGAAAAGAGAUCAGGAGACCGGAGAAGACCACGGAUUUGUGGUCUUCAUCGAGGGCGGGAGAAUAGAUCACGGCCACCAUGAGACCCGAGUGGGGUAUGCCCUGGACGAGAUGCUGGAGUUCGAUGCCGCUGUGGAGACGGUCCUCAAGAUGACCGAUCCGAAGGAGACUCUGGUGGUGGUGACGGCGGAUCACUCGCACACCCUCUCCAUGGCCGGCUACUCGAGGCGGGGCACCCCCAUCAUGGGCAUGGACGAGCAGCAGCAGCGGGACGUGGACGGGGUGCCGUACAGCACCCUGAACUAUGCGAUUGGCAAGUGGCAGAGCCUGGACAAGGACGGCAAGCGGGAGAGUCCCGGCAAGACCCUGGGUCCUACCUCGUAUACGCCCAGCUACAUACACGGACGGAAGGGCGCCCACUCUGGCGAGGAUGUGGCCGUUUUCGCCAUCGGCCCGCAGGCCCAUCUCUUCGGCGGCGUCAUGGAGCAGAACCUCCUGCCCCACCUGAUGGGCUAUGCUGCCUGUUUGGGCGACGGCGUCACAUUCUGCAACCAGAACCAUGUCCCCGGUUAGUCACUAUUUGUAUAUUUUCUUAACUUUUCCACAAAAUGUGUAAAUUUUUGUUUCUAAACUUCAGUUUUUGUUUUUUUUUGAAAAAUACAUUGUUUGAAGAGAA